AUGGAGACCCCCAUCGAGCGCGAAAUCCGCAGGAGCUGUGAACGCGAGGAAAGCCUGCGCCGCAGCCGGGGCCUGAGCUCGAACCGCGCCGGCCAGGAACUGGUGGAGCUGCGCGUGCGGCCAGUGCUCAGCUUGCCUGGCCCAGGCCCCACGAUCCCGCGUGCCCUGGAGCGCGCGCGGGCCGGCGCGCAGAUGCAGCGCGACAUCGAGCGCGAGGCUCAUCGGCAGGCGGCGCUGGCGCGUCCCGCCACCCCAGAACCGUGCGCCCCACUACCCCCUCCGCCGCCGCCGCCUCCGCUGGGCCAGCUCAAGCGCUUCUUCGAAGGGGUGGCUGGCGGUACCCCGGCUGCGGAGCCCGGAGGCCAGCCGCGAUCGGCUGUGCAGGGCCGGGCGCCCGUGCUGGCCCGCGCUCCGCCGCCGAUGGCGCCGUCGCUGCUGGAGCUGGAGGUGCGCGAGGUGCACGCGCGCGAGCAGGAACUGCAGCGCCAGCGGCGCAGCAUCUAUGGCACCGCCGACUUCCAGGAGCCCUCGCCCAGCCUCACCGCGAGCAGGGGCGACGGCAAGUUGGCGGUGAUCUGGCCACCCCGAAGAAAGGCCUCGGAGAAUGGCUUGGAGCAGGAAGAGCGCAAACCCUGAGGCUUAACCCUCCGCCGGAAGCAACAGACGCGUUGCAGGACAGGACCUGGGCAGCGUCCAGAGGGCUCCAGUCCUGUGUGCCCGUGUAGGAAAGAAGAACUUCACCAGAGUUCUUGAUGUCCACUCCAGGACAAAGAGGCCAGCAGCCCUGACGCACCACCGUGGGAACUGCCCCAGCCAUUCCAGCCCCUCCUGGGGGGCGCAAACUUAACCACUUGCUGUCUACAUACACCCAAUGCAGCUGGCCAGGGGUCACUGCCUUGGCCCCCUGCCUGUGUCCCACCCCCCCAUAAAGCCCCUCCUCUCUG